AUGGCGAGCAUCGAUAUAAAUAGCAUGGAUGUUAACAUAGCGGAAGGAACCGUCUACUUCCUUGACCGUGAAACAGAGUGCAUUUACCGUUUAUCGAUUGACACUAAUAAUGUAACAACUGUUCGUUGUGGUGUGUCCCGAUCAGUGUACUCAACGAUAGCCUAUGAUUGGAUUAGUAGGAACAUGUACUGGACUGACGGUUUCUUCAAGUGGAUAGCGGUUCAGCCUGCCGACACAACGGACAGAAGUAUGUACAAGGUCAUUAUUGAGAAUGACAUAGAGAAACCGAGGGCACUGGCGGUCGAUCCGAUAGCUGGAUUUAUAUUUUGGUUUGAUAUAAACCCUUCCGGAUACAGGAUAGAGCGGGCAUCCCUAGAUGGCAGUGAUCGCACACGCGUCAUCACCCGUAGUUUGCUGAGCGUCCAUGACAUAGAGACAGACCCCGUAAACUCGAGGAUUUACUGGACAGAUGCCAGGAAAUACACGAUAGAGUCGUCAAAGUACGACGGCAGUGAUAGGAGGAUCAUUUACAAACGGAUCAACAUGUUCUUCAGAUCAAUUUCGAUAGACAUGGACUACGUCUGUGCUACCAUUUUCGAUGAACAGUCCUGGCGCUGUAUUCACAAAUCGACAGGCGACGUCAAACUGACUCGCUUCAGUGAAUUCUCAACAUCCAAUCCGAAGCUUAUAUCCAUAUACAAACAGGAAUUGAAGCCAACCAUGACAGACAACUGUCCGAUGCUGGGGUGUGAACACUUCUGUGUGAAGCUAUCCUCCAUCAGUGCCUGCAUGUGUAAGGAGGGGUACACAAUGGACACAGCAGGUGUAUGUAAUGGUAGGAACUACUUUCACAUUUUUGCCGCUGUUCAUAUGAACAACCAUCUCUACGGCAAGGGAGUAUUCCUAUGCAAUGCUACCAAUAUCUGCAUGUUUGAUUACCGAGCUUCAGCAGGCCAUACAGAACCUCUCCUCUGUUUAAGUAGCAUUGGUCAAGUUUGUAGACACUUGGCCGUAGCCGCAUCUACUGGAACUAUCUUCUACGCAGACUCGGUAGCUAACACAAUUAACGGAUAUGACCUUACUACGAACGUGAUUGGACCAUUGACCGCAGCAUCUAAUGUGUCCGGUCUAACAUUCGACUGGACGGAUGGUCAUAUCUACUGGACAGAGGCAACUUCCGGUCAAGUUAAGGCUUUGUCACUCCAAACCAACGCUGUCAUGGUCAUUUCACAGACAACAUCACUACCGUCGUUGGUAACUGUGGAUCCGCACAGCAGGUCGCUGUUUUGGGUUGAAGACACUGGAGGAUCGUCCAUGCAAAUUAUGUUCAAAUCACUUACCGAUAGCAGUUCUGCUCAAGUAUUGAAACAGUUCAAAACAUCAUCUAUCAGAAGUCUCUUCUACGACAUCACAAGCAACAGACUAUUCUAUGUAGAUGACAAUACAUUGAAUACGACAACUAGGAAUGGCAGUUACAGCACGUCAUUCCCCUUCAAUGUGGACAACGUCAACCAAAUGGUUAUUUACAAGACAUAUGUUAUCUGGUUUAGUGACACAGGAUAUCUAAACUCGAUAUCGACACAUUUCUUCCAAAAACAACAAACAAGUCUACCGAUGACGUUCGGAACUGUGACAGGCAUGGCCGUGUAUGACCCCAACCUACAACAUUCAUCAAUAAGUCCCUGCCGAUACAUGAAUGGAGGGUGUGAGCACAUGUGUUUUACUGGACUAACCGGUGCAGUUGUAUGCUCCUGUUCUUAUGGGUUUAUUCUACAACCAGACCAAAAGAGUUGUUCUAGUGUUUAUCAAUCAGAGAAUUUCAUACUUGCACCUGAUUUCGCCAACGGGAUUAUCUACCAAGUGUCCACAGUUGAUGCUAGUGUUAUUGCUUUGGAUAUUACAACUGCACAACGUCCAUUGAGUGUGGUUUAUAAGCGAACGUCUUCUUACGUCUAUUGGGCCGAUAUAAGAGAGGGUCAGAUAAUGCGUGCAUCAAUUGAUGGAACUAAUGAACAGGUUGUUUUUACCUCUGAAGGUGCAGAUUCGUACCCGACUUUUCUGGCCUUAGAUAGCUCAACUGGUAAUGUGUAUGCCAGCAUCAAGAAUGGUGUCAACAGUCCAAACACCGGAAGUAUAAUUGUUCUCCAGCCAUCUACCAGGCGCUUUAAGACGAUAGUAGAAGACCUACAGACUGUAAACGGCCUCGCACUGUUUCCAUCCAAGGGGAUAAUGUUUUAUAUGAAUGGGAAUGGCAGUGCCUCCUUCAUUGAACGCGCUUCAAUGGAUGGUACAAAUCCACGAGCUAUUGUUACACUACCGAACGAUGGGUAUACCAUUCUAACUAUAGACUACGUCAACAUUCUUUGUGAAGAUGGCGUUACAAACGGGGUGUUCAGCAGCCCGUGUGGAAGCCUAGUCCAGGAAGCAUGCAUGUUCCAGUGCUAUCCAGGUUUUAUCAGUGCUAUACCCAACAGUACCUUAACAUGCAGGGAAGAUGGCCAGUGGAGUGGAGACCCUCAAACUGUUUGUGAAAAUAAAUGCCUUGCACCUUCUGAGUCCGAUAAUGGGAGAUUGUGGACAUCGUGUCAUAGAGCUAUCAACGAGACCUGUCAAUAUGACUGUUUCGCUGGAUAUACCAAGAACUUUGAUGUCAUAACUUGUACAGAGGGAAAUACGUGGUCACCUGCCUUGGCAGAUAUGUGUUCCAUUGAUGAAGGUAUUGUUGUCCAGCUCGACUAA